GUGCUGCGAUCUCCCUGGGGUGUAGGAUGAUGCUCAGAGAUCAGAAAUCCAAUCCGUGUCUGUGUAAGACAAAACCUGCCUUAGCACGGGCUCAGCUGCUGCAUUGUACCCUUUAGCCCCAAAUGAGAUUCGGUGCUUUCUCCCUUUGUGAGAUUGCACUCUACACAGAUGCUGCAAGGCACAGCUGGGACCCCACGUCCUCACUGUCAUCCCUGGAACCUGGAUCGUACCAUCACUGAAGCGGGGAUUCUCUGCCAUUCCCGGAACCUGGACUGUAGAUCCUUGGAGCUGGUUUCCGCAAGUCCAGGUGUCCUACAGCCCAGGACACAGUUGAAGGAAUUACAGUGAGUGCUAGUGACCUGGGGUUUGCCACCCCGUGCCCCCCAAUGGUACCAUGGCUAGUCCACACGAGCCCCUGACUUGGUCAUCAUCUCCUAAUCUCAUUGCUGACACCAUACGGGAGGAAAAAGACUAUAUGGUUGCAUUUGGUGAUCAUGCUACAACAGGCAACCACCAAUCUCAAGAGAUGCUGGAUAGAUGUGACACAUCAGAGAUUGCCAACAGUCCUGUCACAGCGGCCGUUCUGACGUCUGUUAGUGAAGACUGCCGAGAACAGUUUGAGAACAGUGUCCUGCAGCUGAGGGACCAGGAUGAGGGGGAGAACAAUGCAGCUCCAGGCAGCAGCCAUUCUGGAGAUGGUGGCAGCAACAGUGGUCCAGAGGACAUUCGGAUACAUUUCAGCCGCUCAGGGAGUGGAAACAAUGGGUUUUUAGAAGGGCUGUUUGGAUGCUUAAGGCCUGUGUGGAAUAUUAUUGGAAAGGCCUAUUCUACAGACUAUAAGCUACAACAGCAAGAUACCUGGGAAGUUCCAUUUGAGGAGAUAUCUGAGCUCCAGUGGUUGGGCAGCGGAGCUCAGGGAGCUGUUUUUCUGGGCAAGUUUCGAGGGGAAGAGGUGGCCAUCAAGAAAGUGAGGGAACAAAAAGAAACGGACAUCAAGCACCUAAGAAAGUUAAAGCAUCCUAACGUCAUAGCUUUCAAAGGUGUUUGCACUCAGGCCCCGUGUUACUGCCUUAUCAUGGAGUAUUGCGCCCAUGGUCAGCUUUACGAGGUGCUUAGAGCCGGGCGCAAAGUCACCCCCAGACUGUUGGUGGACUGGUCAUGUGGAAUCGCAAGCGGCAUGAACUACCUCCACCUACACAAGAUCAUCCACAGAGACCUCAAAUCCCCCAACGUACUUGUAACACAUACAGAUACAGUCAAGAUCUCAGACUUUGGAACUUCCAAGGAGCUCAGUGACAAAAGUACUCAGAUGUCAUUUGCAGGCACGGUGGCCUGGAUGGCCCCAGAAGUGAUCCGUAAUGAGCCUGUAUCUGAAAAAGUGGACAUAUGGUCCUUCGGAGUCCUACUUUGGGAGCUGCUGACCGGAGAGAUCCCCUACAAAGAUGUUGACUCUUCUGCCAUUAUCUGGGGAGUGGGCAGCAACAGUCUUCACCUUCCAGUUCCCUCUACUUGUCCUGACGGCUUCAAAAUUCUAAUGAAGCAGACAUGGCAAAGCAAACCUCGCAAUCGUCCCUCCUUCAGACAGAUCCUGAUGCAUUUGGACAUUGCCUCUGCUGAUGUCCUGGGAACCCCUCAGGAGACUUACUUUAAAUCCCAGGCGGAGUGGAGGGAAGAAGUAAAAAAACAUUUUGAGAAGAUUAAAAGUGAAGGGACCUGUAUCCACCGUCUGGAUGAGGAGUUGAUCCGCCGGCGCAGGGAGGAGCUAAGGCAUGCUUUGGAUAUACGUGAGCAUUAUGAACGCAAACUUGAGAGAGCCAACAACCUGUAUAUGGAGCUUAGUGCUAUCAUGCUGCAACUGGAAGUACGUGAGAAGGAGCUGAUUAGGCGCGAGCAAGCUGUAGAGAAGAAAUAUCCAGGGACUUACAAGCGCCAUCCUGCCCGCGCCUUUGUUCAUCCUAAUUCUGUUGAGAAGUUGAUCAAAAAGAAAGGGACAUCAUCCAAGCCAUCAUCCCAAACCAAAAGGCCUGAUCUCCUAAAGUCAGAUGGUAUUACUAGUGUGGAAGGGGGAGCACCAAGUGCCUCUCCACUUUCUGGAAGUCCCAAGAUAUCAUCAGUGGGAGGAAAGAGUCGAUACCGUAGCAAACCACGCCACCGACGAGCUAACAGUAAAGGAAGCCACACAGACUUUGUGGGAGUUCUAAAACACCAAGACUCUCCACCCCCCUCCCAAGUCUCUACUCUGCAUCAUACACCAACAUCUCCUCCAUGCAGCCCACGUCAUGAACCUGCACAACCAACACCAACUCGGCAUCAAACGCUUAAUGUACAUGGACAAAACAUUGUCAACUGCGCCAACAACUUACGUUACUUUGGACCUGCUGCUGCUCUGAGAAGUCCAUUGAGUAUUCAUCCUCAGAGACAUAUGUCUGGAUCUAGCCCAGACCUCCUCUCUAGUACAAUGGAUAUUGAUAGCCGCAUUAAUUUAAACAACUGGGGGCUUUGUCAGCAGGAUCCCUACAAUCCAUGUCCAGAUUGUGCUGAGGCCACUGUUCAGCUAGAGAUGAAUUCAGGAACUUGGGAAGAUUCUAGGAAAACUGAAGGGAGAUUAGAGGGAUGCACACCAGAGUCUCCAAGGCACAACCACCUUCUUGAGGGAACUGAUACUAACAAGACAGGAGUAGAUCAGAUUACCAGCAUAAGGGCAGCGGUUGGUGUAAGCACACUGACAGCUCCAACUCCUCCAGCACUACCACGGAGGAUACGCUCCUUGAGAAAGAAUGGUGAUGAAUCUUCAGAAGAGGAGGAGGGAGAGGUGGACAGUGAGGUGGAAUUUCCCAGGAGACAUUGGCCUCCUCGUGGGAUGAGUACUUGCCAGUCAUACUCCACUUUUAGCUCUGAAAAUCUUUCUGUGUCUGAUGGGGAGGAGGGGAACACUAGUGACCACUCCAACAGUCCAGAUGAUUUAACUGUCGGCCGCAAGGAUCGGAUAAAUGAUAAGUUGGAGGACAUGCUUUCCCAGACGCCUGAAAUUCCCAUAGAGAUCUCUACACAGUCUGAUGGAUUGUCGGAUAAAGAGUGUGCUGUUAGACGAGUCAAGACUCAGAUGUCUUUGGGAAAACUCUGCUCUGAGGAGCACAGCUAUGAGAACACAGGGAAUUUUGCAGAGUCAGAAUGUGACACCUCAGAAGGAGAAUGUUCUGAUGCAACCGUGAGAACCAACCAUCCUGGCAAUGCUUCUACCUGGUGAAGAUGGUUUGGCCAGGAGCAGUAUUCCAUAAACUUUAAUCCUCCCCUUAUCAAAACUAUGAAUUCCCUUCAAUGCCUGAAACUCCCUUUGUCCUCAUAUUUAUCCUUUUCUCUGCUAAGGAGGGGCAAGAAACUGUUGGAAUGAAAUUUGUUUCUGGCUCUCUAUGCUUCCAGCAGAAUAGGAUUAAUGCUAAAUAAUUCUGCAAUAAUGAGGGCAAAACACUUGAGGGAGAAACCACUCAAAAAGAACAAGCUUCUAAAAGGAAGUAAUUUAGAUCAAGAAUGGCAGGGAUAAUAUUUUCAUGAAAAUUUUCCAGAUACUGUAAAAUGUGCUAUUUAUUUUCUGUUUGGACCCUUUAUAUUCCAAUAAUGAUUUAAAUGUGGCAACAACAACUUUUGCUAAAAAGUAAACUGAUGAGCAAAACCAUGCAUUCUAAUGAAUUGUGGCAGAGAUACAUCUAAGAUAUGCUGCUGCUGCUGUUCUUUAGGGACCAAAAUAUAAACUUUUUUUUUUUUUUAAAUAUAAAUAUAGAUUUAUGAAGGAGAGUUCGUAGGUUGGCUUUCUGUUUAUGAAGAAUGAGGAGCUAACUGCACUUCAGAACAAAACGUGAUGGAGAUCAUGAAGAAAAACUAUCUCUUUUUUUAUCUUUGCUCAUGUAUUAACUGCUUUAAACCAGACACAAAGGAAAACUGUGACUUUCUACUCUCUUUGAACAAGAGAAUACCAUAAUCAUUUUGAAGGCGCUUUGUUGGGGGAGGUAAUAAUCAACCCAAACUUCCCAGUCCUCAAUGGCAAAGAUUUACUUACAAAGUCUCCAAAGCAGAAAAGCAAGAGGGAUGUAUGCUGCUAUAAGAGGGCUUUUUGCAGACUCUGUUAGACUUCAGACACCAGCACUUGUUCUGUGAUUUGUAUUAUUUAAACACUUGUGGAUAUAGACUGGAUUUUUAGGAAGCUGAGAGGUCACUAAUCUUCCCACUCAGGAGUGAUCCCAGCCAUAUGCCCCUUUGCUUCAUCACAGUGACCUUUCAUCUCUCGACAGAUCCAGGAUUCUUUGUUCUGCUGAAGCAGAGAAAUGUCCUUGAAAUUAGUAUUGAAGUGAACAAUUUAAAAAAAAGCACACAAUGGCAGAGUAGCACCAGGGUUUCUGUGAGGAAAGGCAUUUCACAGGGGUGUCCAACUUUAGGGCCACAAACAUGCCAGGAUUUGUUUUAUUUACUUACUUGAACACAGGUGUUCCUGUUAGGCUCAGGUAACCUGACUAUGUAUCAAGAGGUUAGAUCAUUAAAUCCUGACCAGACUGUGGCCAUUGAGAUGUUAGACACUCCUGUUUAAUAAUAUCAUUGUAGCACAGAAAUUCUUUAUUGUGGAUCUUCUCAGGUGACCACAAUAUCAGGAUUCAGGUAUAUUUUUUCAGAUUUUUUUUUAGGUUUUAGACUUUUUAAUGGAGUUAACAAUUUGUUAACAAUUUGAUUGCUGGGCAGUUGUACAGACUGCAUACCAUGUUUUACCAUGCCAGCACUGAAAUAGUUAAAUUGUAACAAAGGAAACAUUUCAAGCUGCACCUCUCUGUUGUGUUUUCCAAGGAAGCUCAAAGGAAAGGACAGGAAAGUAAAUAGUUUAACUGUGAUCUAGAAUUGACUGUUUCCUGGAUUUGCAAAAUUGUCUCAUCAUCAAGAAGCUGGUGGUUUCUGCACACCGCAAGACAGAGCCCCCCAAGAUGGUAUUACAGGGAACAGAAUCUGAUUGGCUAACAAAAAAACAUGGCGCAAAUCAUUUCAGAAUGCAUUCCCUAGAACUGAAAUACUGUGGCAGCUAAGAUGUUAGAUAUAGUGCACCUUUCUCAACAUUAAAGGAUUGCCCAUGCCACAUGAUUCCAAAAUCUGUAAGCCAUUCAGAAUUCACUCAAUGAUAUGGGACAUUUUUUUUAAAUCUUGGAUUAGAUCUAUAUAUUUUAUUUUGUGUAUAUAUAUAUUCUUAACCAUAUUCUUGAUAUGGCAAGUAAUUUAUUUCCCUGAAAACCUCAGGGUCCAGAUUCAGUCAAAAUGAUAAAUUGGGAUUUAAGCCUUCCAUGGUCAGAAAUGUUAGCAGUCCCUUAUAACAAUAUGGUAAAAUCUGGGACCACAUAAAGCAAACUACAAGCUAUAUAAUUCUGACUUUAUAAAUUCCAGCUAUAUGACCAACUGAAUCGGGCACAUUUUUUUUUAACAUGUUUACAAGGUACUGUGAAUUUAACUCUUCUGUUGCUGGAGACUCUUAUAUUGAUCAAAAAUCCAAUGUUAAAAGAGCCAAAAGGAAUGAAUAACUGUAAUAUAUAUAUAUCAAUAUUCUCUACUGCUUCGCCCAGUCAUAGACAUGAAGAGAAUUUGUAACCCACGUUUAAAAGCAAUACUCAUUUGAGUUAUGGUGGACAAGCAUGAGAUUAAAAUACUCAAUAUCAUAAAAGUAAGAACGAAAGAGUUAUUGAAUAUAAUAUUAGCUCAUCUAGGCAAGUGUCCUCGCUUGCUUUUCCCAGAAGUACUCUGUAUACAUUGUUACCAAUGCACCAGAGAACUCAUGGUAAAAUAUGCAAAUUAGACAAACAUUAGCUCAUGCUUUUUGCUUCCAAUACUGUGUUCAACCACAGCAUUUCCCCUUUAUGGGGUAGGUGCAGCAAAAAAACAAACCACUUUUGGACAGCUGUUAUGAACUCUCAUCAGCAGAAGAUAGGUUUGAUUUGCUGCCUGGUGAAGCUUAUUUCCAGAGAUAAAGGAAUACACAUUUGAGUUAUGGUGAAUGAAUGUUUAAAAAGAAUUGAAAAUCUAUCAGGUAGUAGAAGGGAGAAAUUAAUCACAGGUGAGGAGACAUAUUAUUAGUAGAAUCAGAGGCUAUAAUGUCAACAUCUUUUUAAAUUAACUUUGUUUAUAGAAUAAUUAUUUGGCAUAGGGAAACUGCAAGGAAAAUCUCAAUGUAAAUAUUAUGGGGCAUAUUUAUCAAGCUCCGUAUGGAAGGCUCGCCGGAAACAGAAAUUAUGAAGAAGCGGUCUAAAGACCGCUUACUUGUCCGCCUAACUUAUCCGCUUGCUCUGAGGCCGCGGACAGAAAUCAACCCGAUUGAAUACAAUAGGGUUGAUUGACACCCCCUGCUAGCGAAUCUACAGGGGGCGGCAUUGCACCAGUAGUUCACAAGAACUGCUGGUGCAAUCAUAAAUGUUGGCAGCGUAUGCUCUCGGCAUUUAUCGAUGUGCAGCAGACAUAUUACGCUACUUUGUAUCAUGUCCGCACACACAUUGUUAAAUAUGUCCCUAUAUAUCUUUUGUAGAUUUAAAAAGAGAAGCUAUUGCCUAUUUUAAAGUUGCAUUAAACACCUCCUUUCAUGUAAAAAAAUUGUAAUUUUUACCACGGUCCCUAGAGAGACAAAGAAAGCAAAAUCUGUACUCUAGGCUUUAAAAAUGCUGCAAAUUAUCUAAAUCCGUUAUUUUAUUUGCAGCAUUUGAAGAUUACAGAUUUUGCUUUUUGGUACCCUCUAGGGAAGGUAGGACAAAGCACAAUUUUUACACAAUAACAAAAGAUGUUUAAUGUCCUUUUAAAAAAUGCACUUUGUAGUUUUAGUGAGAGAGAUUUUUCUUUCAAUAUUCCAGAAUGAUGAUGUCCCCCGCCAUUCAGCAAAAAUCUGCUACACCAUCCAUCAGGGCUCCCUAAUUGUUUCCACUGCAGAGACUUCCUGAUUGGCCAUUGCGGUGCUUAAUAAAAUAUUUUAUAAAAAUGGAGCAGGAGAAAAAAUACUUGUCUCCAGCAGCGGUAGGGUUAAACCUACCUUUGAUCCCUUCUCUGUCACAGGGGUCUGCAGUCUGUUGCUUCCCUCUAAUUUAGAAGGGUUUAAUCCAUGUGGAGCACCUUAGGACGAAUGAAGGGAAAGGUUUUUAUUGUUAUGGGAAACAGUAUUGUAUGAACUUUUAAGUUAUUCCAUGUUUUUGUUGUCGUGUAGCAGGACUACAUUAUGAUUUUAAGUUAUGCUGCAUGUUAAUUAUUAUUUCUGUAAUUAUUUUGUUUCUGUAGAUCAGAAUAUUCCUGUGUUUUAUUAUUGUCACAAUGAUUCCUUUAUCCAUGACGCUGAACAAAAUGAUUUACUAAAUUAAUAUUAAUGGUAUCUGAAGGAAUUUAAACCUUGUAAUUGUUUACAGGAAAAUCCUCUGCACAGCUCACAUUUCAAACUCUUCUCUGAAUUUCCUACAAGUUCAGCUCAUAAAUAUAUAGCAAAACAUAGACAUGCAGCAGUGAUUAGCAAGUCUGAGUAUUUUUAGCUAGGCAUUUCAGGUAGCAGAACAUUUAAAAAAAAAUGAGUAUGUAAUUGUUUAGGAUUUCAAAUUGUUGGUAACAUUUUAUAUUCAUUAUGUACAUAUAUAUAUUUACAAAAACCUAAGCUUGUGCAUAUGAAUAUAUACAUAUUAUUUAGUUUACUUUAUGGUAUAUAUACCUAUCCUUAAAAACAGGGUUUCCGGCUAAAUUUCUCAAGGGCUAGUAUAGACAAGGUUAAUAAACUUGCAUAAAUGAAAAUGAUAGAGCCAUUAAUAUUAACCCACUUAAAUGCCCUCAUGAACAGCUAAUAAUUCCAGGUUCUAUCUGUAUAUUUAUACAUACACAUACACUUGUAUGUGUGUGUGUGUGUGUGUGUGUGUGUGUAUAUAUAUAUAUAUAUAUAGUCAGCUCGCUUAAUCAUAAAGAUUGGAAAAAGUAAAAAUAUUCACUUGCCCACUGCAAUUUCUUACUCGUCCGGGACUAGUGAAAAUUUCAAGUGUGUAAUAAUUUUGAUAUGCAAAUUGUUAUUUAAAAGCUGUUUAGUUAUAAAUUGAAUCUAAUACAGCAACAGUUGUGCACUUCCUUUAAUUUAAAUGUUGUCAGGCACAUAAUAGCAACUCCCACAUUAUGGUUUAUUCGGGACAAAAAUAAGUAUUUAAAAAAAAAAACUCUUAAGAUAAAAUUAGAAAAAUUACUAGAAAGCCUUUUUAAAAAGAGUGUUGGGUUUACUUAUGAUAAAUGCACAUUGCGGUAGGCAUUUUUAGUAGAAACACAAAUGCAAACAUCCCUUCAUGAAGGCAAAGUGCCUAUUUUUAAAAUGAUUAUCUUAUAGGAGUAUAUAAAAAUAAAAUAGACCAUUGAUACAACAACCUACAUUAUGUUCUGUAUUUAGACUUUGUUUCCACUGCUGUAUGGUAUCUUCAUGUUGAUGUUUCAGUGCUAGAUUGAAAAUAGUUUUGUUUUUUUAAUUAAUUUAACUCAUUGAUUCAUUCCCUCUUUGCUUCCCAACCUGUUUUAACUAUUGUCUGUUGUCCCUUUUUUCAUCCUUUCUUGUGCCCCCAGUCCAAUCUAUGUGUGUAAAUAUGAUAAAGAAUGCAACAGCAACAAAAUAAACACUAGAAUGAAAAUAAAUUCAUCAUUAGUGCUAUUUAUGUUCAGGAUUAAUUACAUAGAAACAUAGACAAACUACUGAAAAUCCUAAAUCCCUUUUAAUCCUGGUUAUGAAUAAACUGUGAUCUACUCGCCACUAAAAUAGAAUUGUAACUUAGCUAGUUUAGUAAGUUGCUGAUAUGUUUCAUGAUCAGAGGCUAGUACCAUAUGGUAUGAAUUAUUCUUAUAAUGAAGAGGUUAGGAACAUUAAAAAAUCCACUUUUUAAUAUGAUCUCUAUUAAUUAGUAUACAUACUGUACCCCAACUAUUUUAUUUUCUUCCUUUUUCCACUGCUUUUCCAGAUAUCAGCCUGUUUUAUGUUGUCUGUAAGGGGAUGGGAAUCCAAAUGAACAUCAAAGCAAACAGAUGCAUGGAAUAAAAAGCCAGUUUACUGUA